AUUUUUCUUUUUCUGGUUUUAGAUGCCGCGAGCUAAGAAAAUGAAGCCUGACCCUUCUCUAAGGCUUGAAUGGAACGAAGAAUUAACGGCCACCGGAUUUGCUGGUUGUCCGACGUGUUCCGUCAUCUUCAGUGAAUUUAAAUCUCUCAAUGAUCACUAUGGGGUAUGCCAGGGUAACCCGGAUCCAGAAUCUUUCACCAAAUGUCCUCAUUGCGAAAUUCUCUUGGACGUCGGAGCCACGUUUCAGCAGCACUUGGAGAAAUACCACGAAGCUUUAUGCAAUUUUGACAAAGAAUCUUACAUCAAGGCCCUCAAAGGAACCAAAUCUAUUUCGUGCUUCAAGUGUGGUGCCUGUUUUACAGCUUUUGCUCAGUUCAAUCGGCACGCAUUAUCCGUUCAUAAUGGACUGGUUAGAGCUACAGGAUACUCGCAACACUUCAGUUCUCAAGAAACCCGUGAGGCAUUGAAAGAAACUCUCUCUGUGUCCAAGAGACUCAUUUGUCCAUUGUGUCGUAAGAAGCUUCAAAGCGUAGGUGCAUGGUCGUACCACGAAAAAAACUGCCCCUUGAUUUACUUCGAAGAAGCGUUACAGUCGCAGCGAUGUCCCGAGUGCUUGACCAGUUAUCAAGAUAUCGAUAUGCAUUUGAAAUAUGUGCAUGACGUCACGAUUAAAGAUGAAUCUGAUGAUUCUGAGCCCAUGGACACUACAGAAAAUCAACCAUUAAAGGAUGAAGAUCAACAGAAUGUCAAGAAGCAUCCGCAGUUCAAGGAAUGGACGAAAGCGUUGAAGAAUGUUGGAAAAAUCGACUGUUGUAAUCUCUCAUGUAAUUAUUCUUCAGAUUCCGUUGGCGAUUUUUAUCUGCACAAGAAGAACUGCCUUCCUAAUAAGGUUUUGUCGAUGAGGGCUUUCAAAUGUGCAUUUUGCGAGUAUGUUGCACCUGAUUUCAAAUGCAUGCACGAGCAUUCCAAGAAUCACAAAUCAAUUUCACGAAAAAAGUCUUCCAAGGAAGUAAAUGCAACAGUUCAGACUGAUCAAAUACCUUGUUCGAAGAAUGAAGAUGAAAUCACCGUGACGGACUCCUGGCUUGAAAACUUGCAACCAGCCAACGACUGGAGGAACCUCAGAAGUCGAUGUCCAACGAAUCACCUCGAAAUUCCACCCAAUCUUCUCGAGCCUUUGGACUCAAAAGCCUUGCAACCUUACCUACCGGUUACGAAAAAAUCCAUGCAGUUUUGCACAUUGAAAAGCAAGAGCGAGAAUUUCCCGGAAGGCAAAGCUUUGGUGAAAUUGACAGCAGAAAUUCCUCUGAAGCAGUUGAAGAGAUUCGAGGGAUUCUUGGACGAGAAUGCGAAUCAUGUUUUCUUUGCUGGAGGCCCGGUCCAGGCUAUGGAUUGGUGUCCUCUGCCCGAUAUUGAUUUCGAGUCAUCGGCUGAGAAUGGUGAAGAAGCCUUGAAAACGAAGCAAUUCUUGGCUGUGGCAAGUUUGAGAGGGAUGGAAGAAGAUCUGGAACUCGGACCUUCGCCGUCGGAAAAAGCCCUGGUUCAACUGUGGGAAAUCGAUUCCCUAGGUGCUAAAGCCCCGUUGUUACGUUUAGGCAUAUGUGUAGAUCAUGGUCCAAUUUGGGACCUUAAGUGGAUGCCUACUGGAGGGUUCUCUGAUACAACCCUAGGUCUGAUUGCGGUGUCUUGUAACGAUGGCUGCGUCCGCGUGUGGAAAUUGCCUCGUAGUGCGGUUCGACAGAAAGAUUCAACGGAUUUCGUUUCCAUCGGGUCCUACGUGACAUUGAGGUUGACUCACGCAGCGUCUGUAGAUGCGAUGACUGGGAAAUCGUAUGCUGGGAAAGUUUGCGCUUUGGAUUGGAGUCUUGAUGAUGGACAUGAACUUGUGGCUGGAGGCUGUUCCGCCGGAAUCGUGGCUUUGUGGAAUUUGACGACUCGGAACUCAUUGUUGACUUGGUCGACCAAAACUGGCCUGGAAAUGUUACCCAUGAAAAUGUUUCGAGCACACUCAGACUUCAUUACGUGCAUCCGUUUUUGCCCAGGAUCUGGCUUUAAACACCUAGCGACAACUGGAGCGGAUCGCUUGUUGAAAUUGUGGGAUAUAACUGAGAAUGCGUCUAUGACACCAGUGUUGAAAAGAGCUACUAACAAUUGGCCUCAAGAAAUUCAGUGGUUGUUGAAUUGGCCCAUGUUUGUCAUUGCUGAGCAAAACAUAAGUUCUCAGCCCUCGGGAAGUCACAUGAUGAUUGCCGGAAACUCUGCGGAGCAUCAAAGAUUAGCCACGUCGUCUACAAACGGAGCAUUUUCCGUGUCCGUGAGCGAUUGGUUCGGAUGUGGUGUGAUUCAAGUUAUUCCCGACACCAUUCUGUGGAUGAUGAAGCCGGGUGACAAGAGGUUUGAAGAUGAAAAGAGAGCUCGUAAGAGACGUUUCCUCAUUAGCCGAACUUUGGCUCUGCCAAAGGACGCUUCUGACAAGGAACCCAAAGUCAUGGCCUGCAGAUCUUACGGGAAAGCUGCUCGAGAUUUUAAAAUGUGUUACGUGGAUGCUCCUGUGGCAGAGGAGAGUUUUUGGAAAAUACCGAGAGGCGUGAAGCAGGUUGAGGAUACAGUGCCUGCUGGGUCAGUGGCGAUCACAACGACAAAGAAGAUUGUGUUCAACAACAACCUGAAUUUUUGCUCUGCAGUGGCUUCAGGAGGGCAAAAUGGCAUCUGUAGAAUCAAAGUCUUGCGAGGACUGGAAAACGCGACGUUUUCUAGAAUGAAGGAUCGAAUUAAGGCUCGAAAAUGGUCGGAGGAAGGAAUCUGAUCGAGGAAUAUUUUUAUGGAUGUACGAGCGUUAUCGAUUUCUGUUGAUCAGAUAUCAUUUUACGAUUCGACAAGUCUUAAGGACGUCCGCGAUUUUUUUUUUUUUUUACAGAUUUCUCUGUAACGAUUUAUUUUGAAUCCCUUUUAUACUCAUCGAUGGAACAUUAAACAUAGUUCAAUUUUUUUCAAUUCUUCCUCAUUCGCACAAGUCAAGGGCCUGUUGAUUCCGACGCUGGCUUCGCUUUUCCGAGCAGAUCGAAGAACUCGGGAUCAGCGCAAGGUUUCGUUGCGCACUUGAUAUAAGACUCCAACUAUUCAGAGAGGAGACAAAGGGUGAUUAAAACUGGUUUCCUUUGUGGUUUAUCUUUGACAAUAAUCUGGAAUUAUUUACGUCGUCGAUCGUAUUCCCACGGCACGUGAGGGAGAGGACCUCCAGUGACUGUUGAAGCUUCUUGUUUAUGAGAUUUGACCCAGCGAUUUCGUUCUUCACAGAGACUUUGUCCAGUUGACCGUUUUCUUUGAACUUGAAAAUGUGCAGGAAAAAAAAAGAAAUAUAUUAUCCACGUGUUUUUCAA